UCUAUUUAUUACCUCCAAAAUGCAACAUUGACGCCGCCUCACAAGUAUUGGGUCGGAAAAAAAACAGAUCGUACAAUCACGUUCAUGUUGCCUUUUUGCUUCUCCGCGUGGCCCUGAUGUUUUUCCUCCUCGACAGAGGGAGAAAGCCAAAAAGGGACAAUCGCUCAUGUCUAAGAUGUCUGAGACGCGUUGUAACGUGAUCCGGUCAUAAGGACCGAGAUCCAGAUCCUUAUAAAAGACGUCAGCCUCUGCGAUCGAUAGUUCAGUUUCCAGCCAUGCAGCUACCCCCAGGGCCGUUGCUCUUACUCCGUCUAUUAUUGCCAUAUUUCCUCUUCGCUCUAGCACUCUUUCAUGCUGAGCCCGGAAUUUCCGCAGUAUUUUCUGGCUAUGGCCUUUCGUGGAUAUUUUAUCCUUGUGCUGCGCUGCUGCUGUAUCUCGCUUCGCAGACAAUGUCUUACUUGUUCAAGUUGGCGCAUAUGCGUCGAGGUGCUGCCGUCAAAGGCGCAGAUUUUGUUCCGGAUGUUCAGGAAAGCAGUCUCUCUAUUAUGAGCAGGCUCAUGAGACCACCAAAAACCCUAUAUCCUGGCGAGGCUUUUAUAGAUUGGCAUCGACAAUAUGGAAACACAUACUGUAUCAACAUAUUCUCGGAAAGGCGGAUCAUCACCAUCGAGCCCGAGCAUGUGAAGGCGGUCUUGGCAACGCAAUUCAAAGACUUCGAGAAGGGAUACAGGCUACGUUCUCAGUGGCGGGACCUGCUUGGCACCGGUGUAUUCAAUUCCGAUGGUGACAUGUGGAAAUAUCACCGCAAUAUGACUCGCCCUUUCUUUAGCAAAGACCGGAUUAGUGACUUCGAUAAUUUCGAGAGACACGCUGUCGAAUCGAUUAGAUUGAUAAAAGAUAGACUUGAAGAAGGAUAUCCAGUAGAGUUCCAGGACGUCGUUUCACGCUUUACGUUGGAUUCGGCCACCGAAUUUCUAUUUGGCGAGGAUGUAGGUUCGCUCUCCGCUGGGCUUCCGUACCCUUCUGGGUCGAAGGCCGGGAACACAAUCGUUGCUGCGGAUCAUCCGUCGAAUGUCUUCGUUCGGGCCUUUGUAAAAGGACAGGAGCUGAUUGCUAGAAGGUCUCGGACCGGAACGAUGUGGCCAUUAACGGAGUUUUGGCAAAACAAGGUUAUGCCACAUAGACGAGUCAUUGAAGAAGUUGUGCAGCCACUUCUUGACGAUUCCUUCGCAAGGAAGAAGAAGAGAGCAGAAGUUGGCGAGGCGCUUGAAGAGAAAGAGGUCGCUUCUCUUUUAGACGAUCUGGUCAAGGACACCGAUGAUACGCGUGCCAUCAUAGAUGAGCUAAUCAAUAUUCUCGUUGCCUCGAGAGAUACGACGGCGUCUUUACUCACCUUCGCCGUGUACGCGCUUACGGAGUACCCGCACGUUGUGAAACGCUUACGAGACGAGAUUUCCGAAGCUUUAGGUGACAAGCCGCCAAGCUAUGCCGACAUUCGCGAAAUGAAAUAUUUGAGGGCGUUUUUGAAUGAAACCUUGAGACUUUAUCCUCCAGUCCCUUUUGAUUCUCGAACUGCCAAUGUGGACACGACGCUGCCCAACAGUACAGGUCGGCCGUACUAUGUAGCAAAGGGUACAAAGGUCAUAUGGGGAAUUUUCUGGAUGCACCGUAGGGUCGAUCUGUGGGGUCCCGAUGCUCUCGAGUUCGACCCCGACAGGUUCUUGGAUUCCCGUGUUCACAAGUAUUUAACACGUAACCCGUUCAUCUUCUUGCCUUUCAACGCCGGACCAAGAAUUUGUCUGGGUCAACAGUUCGCGUACAACGAAGCGUCGUACUUUCUCAUUCGGCUCCUCCAAACAUUCUCAUCCUUCAAUCUGGCUGAGGAUACACAAAUACCGGAGGCGAAGCCCCCAGCAGGAGAUCAGUUCAAGGGGAGGGACAAAAUUAUGUUCGGAACACAUCUCACUAUGUUCGCUAAGGGAGGAAUGUGGGUGAGGAUGGAAUGAGCGCUGUGUUUAUUUUCUUUAUUUGUAUUACUAUCAUACAGCCAAUAACAAUGCUGUCUGCAUGGCGAACGAUGAACACGGCGCUCGUCAAUGCUUUUGGUACCAAAGUCAGUAAACCUAGAAUGCUGACGCGCCUCUUCUGCUUGAAGGAACGAGACACUGACGAGAAAGAACGAGUGAUUGUCUCGAGCUGUG